CAUCCCUUUUGGAAUCUUGAAAAACACCUUGCAAGAAUUUCAGUAUAAAAUAGAAGACUGUGAUAACAAAUGGCUGCAUAUAAUUGAUAUGCUUAAAACAAGUAAAACCCGUUUUUUACAAUUCAGUUAAAAUUUAAAUAAAUAUAAGUAUAAAGGGGUGAUGGACUAGUUUACUGUCAUAAGCGAUUCAAUGAUUUGCAACAUGUCCAUUACCCUUAACUAGAUAGUGUUAACAUGUAUUAGCUACAUGGCAUUUGCAAACAGAAUGUUAGUGAAAGGUUAUGUAUUAGAAGGAAACAUACUAAUUGUGGUACAUGUCGUUUCCAUUUCAUGGUCGCCAAAAUAAAUGUUAAACUUAAUAAGGCUUUUAAUAAAUGUAGCAAAUUACAAUCAAGAAAAAUGUCCAGGGCUGGAUUAUGGUCAUUCUAAAAACUAAUUAAGAACUUUUUAAACUGGUAAAAAAAACCUCUGUUUUAUUUGAAUUAGGUAACUUUUGCCAAAUUAAAUAUAAGUAGAAUUUAAAAUGUCUAGUAUUCAUAUCAGUAUUAAAUAAACCGUCAGGAACAAGUGAUAAGCAGUAUAAUAAUGUUGGAUAGAAGCCGUUUGGUAUAAAUUCCCUCAAAAGGACUUCUUGAGUUGGUGAUGUCCAUAAUGGGAAACCUUGACAUUCCAUCUGCUCCAAGAUCACUUUACCAAACAAACUUAAAGAAAACACAAUAUUUAAUAGCGUAGAUGGGAAAAUAAUAUGAAUAUCGAAUGGACGUAACUAUUUUGCUUUGAUUGACCUUGAAUAUAGAAAGGGCUACAUUUAGAAUUAGUGGCAACAGAUAUUUACGAAUGAUCAAUGCUGUGCUUUGGACAGGUCUUCAUUGGCUUCCCUGCAUUAAUAGCUGUGACCCUUUAAUGAUUCAAUGAACGUAAAACAUUGAUGCAGUAUCAGCCUUACAAAUGUGCUGGAAUGAAUCAACGUAACGGCAUGAAUUGACGUUUGCCUCGUGUUUUUAAUGAGCCCUCCAUCCUACAGUUCGUCGUAGUUCCAAGUCUGUGGAGGCAUCGCCCUCUGUUGGAAUCCUCACCCCAUUGGUUGUCUUAAAUUGUUAGAGAUAUAUUUGCAUUAUUUGGGUUAUAAACACGUGCUUAAACGUUCUAUAUAUAAAUAGAAAAGACAAAAAAAACACGUUAAAUACUGUUUACUGUUGCAGGAAAUGUCAUAUUAUGGUUUGUAAGUAUUCAAUUAUAAAAAUGCUUUCCUGCAAUAAAAUAAUAAAAACAUAUUUCCAUUGCAGUCGUCUGGUUAAUAAUACGGCAACUAUUUUCAUGUUUAGAGAGGGCACGUCGAGAUUAUUUUUGUAAGCUAUCAGCAGGGACAAUUGACUUCGCAUAAUUGCAUUGGGAUAGCUCAUGUUGUUUACUUCACAAGACCUUUUUGUGUGGGUUUAUUUUUUACGAUGAAACUUCUGUUUAUGUUAGCUGGGCAUUGGUGCGGGAAAGACGUGGUGUGCUAAAUGACGAUUUCUCGAUUUCUCUCUCUCUCCAUCCAACCUGUAAUUAUCUCUGAAAAGUUUGACCCCCACACAAGUGAAUCGUACACUGUCCGUCUUAAAACAAAAAAAGUAUAUCUGAAGCCUCGUCAUUACUGUCGUGGACAAGCCCAGAGUUCCGAAUGUUUAUCUCAGCGCAGCAGCUUCCUUCCUGGUGCCCGUCUCUUGCAUCUUGUUGGCAAAAAUAGGAAGUCACAACGUUGAAAGUUACGAGUGAGGGGUUUUAAACGAAGCAGAAGCGGUCGAGCAGCCCUUGGGACGUACGCAUGCUUUUGCCGCUGGUGUUCCCAUGCAUUGAACACAGCCGGCCGCUCCGAUGGCAGGCGGAGUCCUUCCUCUCGGGAGGGAAGCUCCUUCGUGUUGCUGAUGCGAGCGUGAAGGCCACGGAGGAGCGUCAGUUGUUGGCUCGGGCCCCCAGCCUCACCCGGAUAAGGGAUGCAAGUGAGCAGACAUGGGCAGGCGACAGACGGUGCAGAAUGACGGAGGGCCACCAGCUUCUCCACACUCGCCGCCGGCAUGCUGCUUCUGUUGGUGCUGUUGCUGCACUUGCUCCUGCAUUACGAUGGGAAACGAGGAGGCAACAAGGAGGAAGAGCAGGCGUGCAUCCCGCGAAACUCGGAUUGAAAUGGUCCAAAACAAAGACAGCAGCAGUGGAAAACCAUCGAUGGAGGAGGUGCAAGUGUGGGGUCAGUCUUUUGACAAGCUGAUCCGGAGCACGGGCGGAAGAAACACUUUCCGAGAGUUUUUACGGACUGAAUUCAGUGAAGAGAACAUGCUCUUUUGGCUGGCCUGCGAGGACUUGAAAAGAGAAGCUAAUAAACGAGCCGUUGAAGAGAAGGCCCGGGUGAUAUAUGAGGACUAUAUCUCGAUACUGUCUCCCAAGGAGGUCAGCCUUGACUCCCGCGUACGAGAGGUUAUCAAUCGGAACAUGCUGGAACCGACGUCCCACACAUUUGACGACGCGCAGUUGCAAAUCUAUACCCUCAUGCACAGAGACUCCUACCCACGCUUCUUGAACUCACAAAUUUACAAAUCCUUACAGGAUAGCCUUGCAGAGUCAUCCUCCGAGUCUUAAGUUCUUCGGCGCCUAGCCGGAAGUCGAGCGUUAAAAAAGAAUGGAUGGGAGUGAGACGUCUGAUGUAUGAGCAAACCACUUUCUGUGACGACAACUAAGGCUGGAACAAUGUCUACUCAGGCUCUUUUUUACUUUAUAACUUGAAACAUAUUUUGGUACUGUGUGGACUUUUUUUUCUUCUUCAUUAUUUUAUUAAAUGCCAUUCUCUCUAUUUCCCUUCCCCCCCCCCCACCACCACCACCACCACCAUUCUGUUUAAUGAUAUUUAGCAUAUGAAGUCUCAAAAUGUGUGCAUCGAUUCAGGAAUUGUUUGGUUAGGGUGUCUAGAAAUUUAAAUUAGCAGGUCUAAUUCGGAAGGUAACUAUGAUCUCAAAAGUUUACAAUCCGGCGUCAUAUCACAGUCUGGCAAUGUAAUUGUGAACAUUUUUGUUGAUAGUUUCUUCUAUGCAACACAUUUGCUAUGCUUCGUCCUGAUUUUAUCUCAAACAGCAAACGUAUCUUUUUUGUCCCUAUUUUUAAUGUUUAUACUUUAAUGAUGAAGCAUGCCGAAAUUUUCAAGCAAUAACAUGAGAGGAUUUAAACCAGAAGUAAGUAAUUUUUGAAAGAGGAACAAAAUAUAUUUACUUACAUGCAAAAAAUAAAUAAAGGGGUUAUUCGAUUUCAUGUAUAAAAUGUUUUGAGGAUUGUAAAAGUUUCGAUAUUGCUGUUGAUCUUUUAAAUGAGGGUGAAUGUGAAACAGACGAUGAAAACGAAAGCGUAUGUACAAAAGGGUUUCUAAAUAUUUAAGCUUUACCGUAUCCACCGUCAUCAAAUUUGACGGGUCUAAUGAUGCUUGCAUGAACAUUUUUAGUGUGCACCAACCAAGGGAUAGAUAAAUAUCAUGUAACCUUUUGCUGUUUCGUUAAUUUUUCCAAUUGUGCCCAUCUGUGCAGAAUAACUUGCAUUGUUAUUGAUAGCUAAGCCCCAACCACUGCAGAUGUUUACGUUAAUGUUGGCAACAAAUGGAAACAAAAAUGACUUUAGCACCUAUACUUUGGAGGAAAAUUUCAAAAUAAUGUUUGAUGACAGAGAAUAACCUUGUUCGGUGACAUCUUUUAAAACAUUGAGAGACAUAAAUGAUUAAUAAUCCAGCUGAAAUUUGCGAUUUGUUUAAACCAGCAAUAGAACAGCACCGUUAUGCUAUGAAUGUUAUAGUUUUGAUCGUCAGAUUUUAUGAUAUAGAUAUGAUUUUAAUGACAAAUUCUGAGCUAUAAUGUAUUCAAUGUAUGUCUACCGCUUAUAUUCACCCUGCCUGCAGCUUGUACCAUUUAAAAAAAAACAUACUAAUAAAUAAUCUUAACAUUUACAUUCUUAA